UGCAGGAGAAGUUUCAAAGUUCAACCUGCACAGCAGACAGAAGUGAGCAGUCCACACAGGUCAGUGGACAGCAUGGCUCAGCUCACUCGUGUGUCCGGGUCCGUGGGUCUGAUCACUCUGCAGAGUCCGCCUGUCAACGCGCUCAGUGCGGCGGUAAGACAGGCCAUCGUUGACACGGUGAAGAGAGCCCUCAGUGACCCAGAGGUGAAGUCGGUGGUUGUCUGUGGCCAGAAUGGAAUCUUCUGUGGGGGAGCCGACAUCAAGGAGUUUGGGACGAACAUUACUGGACCUCCUCUUGUGCCGAUGAUCCACGCCAUCGAGGACGCACAAAAACCGGUGGUGGCGGCCAUAGAGGGGAGCGCUUUCGGAGGAGGCCUUGAGCUGGCACUCGGCUGCCAUUAUCGAAUCGCACACUCCAAAGCCAAACUUGGGCUUCCAGAGGUGACACUGGGUCUGCUCCCAGCUGCAGGGGGGUCCCAGCGUCUCCCGAGGCUCAUCGGGGUCCCAGCUGCCUUAGACCUCAUCACCACAGGCCGCCAUAUCACUGCUGCUGAGGCCCUGAAACUCGGAGUAGUGGAUCAGGUUACUGCUCACAGCACCGUGGACGUAGCAGUGAAGUUUGCUCUGAGUGUGGCAGACAAACCGCUGGAUGGCCGUCGUAUAAGCAGCUUACCGUGUCCUCGCCCGCCCAACAUGGAUGCUCUGUUUGAGGGCGUGAUGAAGAAGGUGCGACAAAGCGCCCGCGGAGCCAUAGCACCGAUUGCGUGUGUCCAGGCGGUCCGGGCGGCCGCCACCCUGCCCUAUGACCAGGGCAUGGAGCGGGAGCAGGAGCUGAUGGCCACUCUCUUCGGCUCCGGCCAGGCCCGCGCUCUGCAGUACAGCUUCUUCGCUCAGAGGGCAGUCGCCAGGUGGAGCAUGCCCAGUGGAGCCCGCUGGGACACCAGCAAGCCUGGGCCUGUGCACAAAGCAGCUGUCAUCGGUCUUGGCACCAUGGGGAGAGGCAUAGCGGUGGCCCUGGCUCAGACGGGGUUGUCUGUGGUCGCCGUGGAGACCCAGGAGAAGCAGCUGAUGGCGGCCAAGCAGGAGAUGUCGGGCAUGUUAGAGCGAGGGGCCAAGAGACGUGGCGUGGCCCCUGCACUUGAUAAGAUCUGUUACAGCCACGACAUCAAGGCUGUGGCUGACGCCGACCUGGUCAUCGAGGCUGUGUUUGAAGACAUGGCUCUGAAGGAGAAAGUCUUCCAGCAGCUGUCUGCUCUUUGUAAACCAGGCACUCUCCUGUGCACCAACACCUCUGGGCUGGACGUGGACCACCUGGCCUCUCAGACACGCAACCCGGAGCUGGUGGUGGGGAUGCACUUCUUCGCCCCUGCCCAUGUCAUGAAGCUGCUGGAGGUGGUGUAUGGAUCCAAGUCCUCUCCUCAAGCCCUGGCCACUGCCAUGCAGCUGGGAAAGAAAAUGGGCAAAGUCAGUGUGGCGGUGGGAAACUGUCGUGGCUUUGUGGGGAACCGCAUGCUGAAGCCUUACAGUGAGCAAGCCUCCUUCCUGCUGGAAGAGGGAGCCACGCCCGAGCUGGUAGAUGGUGCACUGGAGGACUUUGGGUUCCCCAUGGGCUUGUUCAGAAUGUCUGACCUGUCUGGGCUGGACGUGGGCUGGAGGGUCAGGAAAUCGGAUGGGCUGGGGAAGUCUUCUGGGGCGUCAGGGCAACAAGCUAGAAUACAACAAGGCCGCCGGUACAGCCCCCUGGGAGAUUUCCUCUGUGAGCAGGGACGCUUUGGUCAGAAAACAGGAAGGGGAUGGUAUCAGUACGACAAACCGGGCGGUCGGGUCGCCAGCCCUGAUCCUUGGCUUCACAGCUUUCUGGAGGAGUACCGAGCCCAGCACGGCCUGGUGGCACGCCGCAUAGACCACCAGGAGGUGCUGGAGCGUUGCCUCUUCAGCCUGAUCAACGAGGGCUUCUGCAUCCUGGAGGACGGAAUAGCUGCAGGACCUGAAGAAAUCGAUGUGAUCUAUGUGUUUGGCUACGGCUGGCCCCGGCACCACGGAGGCCCCAUGUUCUACGCCAGCAUGGUUGGGCUGGAGAAGGUCUUGGCGAGGCUGGAGUUCUACCAUGAGGCUCACCCUGACGUGCCUUACCUGCAGCCCUGCAACCUGCUGAGGAGGCUGGUGGCCAGUGGCAGCCCACCUGUCCACAAGUGGAGGGAAGUUGUGAAGAAAGUCCACAGUCAGCUUUAAAUGACAUAUGUCUCAGCUUUAAUAUCCUAAUACACUAAUUUUAAACCAUUAUGAGCUCAACUAAAUUGGGGUUAUUAUGGAUUUCCUAUAUCAUUUUGCUUUUUGUGAUCAAUCAUUUUAACACCUUCCCCUGAUUUACCAAAUCAUUUUGGUCAUCUGUACAUCCCUAUACCAUCAUAUCGAAAUCCAAUGUUUGUAAAGCUUAUUGUUUCUGUCAAUGCCUUAUCAGAGAUUGUCAUUCAACUCACAAUAUACUGUUUGUAUUCUUGCUUCUAAUGUAUUAUCUGCCUCAUGAUUGUAAAAUGUUAGAGUUACGCACUGCAACUACUGCCAAAGUGAUAACAGAUAAAUGAAAACACCUCAACAGAUCCACAGAACUUAACUUACGUUUGACGAUCGAAUGUAUGAGGGCACAAGUGUAUGUAAUAAAAUAGAUGUACCUAAUAAACUGGUAAUUCAAUGAGAUACGAUACAACUCUAUUAAUACCUAAGGUCAAUCAAAAGAGGCAAAUAUACACAAACUAUAACACAGUAAAACACCAAAGAGCUCUUGAGUUGCUUUGACCAAAAAGUGCAAGUUCUUAAAACAACACUAUAUUAAAAAAUAUACAAUGAUGUGAUUAAACUCUGAUGUGAUCUGAACAGAUAUAGUAAAUUCUUGAAAGAAUCACAUUCAGAAUAACAACAUUAUAUAAAUAUAAUAUCAAAGUGAUGAUUUUUUACUGAUUGUCCUAUAUUAAGCUGUCAACUGUAAUGCAUGUAAUGUAUAAUAUCUAUCAUCUGAUACCUCAAUAAAGAAAUGCUAUAUACUCA